CGGCAUAUCACAUUAUUACUGUGCAACACGCGAAACACGAGAACCAGAGAUAGAGACACGACUACGACAACACGAUGACGACGAUGCAGCUGUGGCUGGUGGCAGUCCUCGUGGCUGGGGCACUGGCCGGUCCUAUUCUGGUACGCGAUUUAUCAGAUGCUACAAUGUGUGCACGAAGAUGCACCGGUUCGAACAAGUUCAAAUUCACGCCUGGAAUGACCUACGAAUUCGACUACAACGUGAUGUCCGAAACGACCAUGGAAGGGGCCGAUACUGAGCGAGCCUCCAUAGAGAUACGAGCUGUCGCGGACAUCGAGGUCUUGUCACAGUGUGACUUUGCUCUCAGGAUGCGAGAUGUGAGUGUUUUCGAUACAUCAUCACCAGAAAGGCGGAACAUGGACCUGGUGGGAGAAUUCAGAGCAGCACUGGAGAGAAACAUCCUCCGCUUCUCCUUCCAAGAUGGCGUCGUCGAAGACGUCUGUCCAGCAGACAACGAGGUCACGUGGGCCCUGAACUUUAAGAGAGGAGUGUUGUCCUCCAUCCAGAACUCCAUGGACAACCUGGAGAAGGACCAAGUAGUUCACGAGAAGCCUACCGAUAUUGAAAGAGCUGUGAAAACGAAGUAG